CGCGGUAUGCGAUCACUGUCUGUUGUGUUGGAAUUUUCUUUCUAGUUUUGGAAUUCAAAUCUGUCCGGGUUAAUUCUACUCUCUGUUCUCAUGUUAUUCAAAAAGUUUUAAAUCAACUAUUUACUGUGGACUGUGGUACUGUUACAAUACUGUUAAAAUGUUUGGAUCAAGUCGAGGAAUGGAAGAAACACUUUUCCAAUUAAAAUUUUGCUCAAAACAGUUGGAAAGACUGUCUAAAAAGGCAGAGAAAGAGCAGAAGAAAGAGGAAGGAAUGAUAAAGAAAGCAUUGACUAAAGGAGAUGUUGAGAGGGCCAGGAUAUAUGCAGAAAAUGCCGUCAGGAAGAAGAACGAAAGUUUAAAUUAUCUAAGAAUGUCAAGUAAGGUUGAUGCAACAUCUUCUAGAGUUCAAACUGCCGUAACGAUGAAGGGUGUUGCUAAGAAUAUGGGAUCCGUCGUAAAAUCAUUGGAGAAGGCAAUUAAUUCAAUGGAACUACAGAAAAUUUCAGAGGUGAUGGAUAAGUUUGAACAACAGUUUGAGGAUCUGGAUGUUCAGACCAGUGUUAUGGAGAACGCUAUGGGAACUGCAACAACAACAUCAACACCUGCCAGUCAGGUUGAUGAUCUUAUCAGACAGGUUGCUGAGGAAGCUGGUCUGGAGGUUUCUGCACAGAUGGCAUCGGUUCCAUCGGCUAAUAUUGGAGAGACAGUGGCUGCUUCUACCGUUGACGAUCCUUUAAGCAGAAGAUUAGCAGCUCUUAGAGAAUAAAUCCUGCAACAUCUUCUUUCUUUCCUGCUCUUUUCUACUACCAGAGAAUAAAUCCCGCUAGAGAACAAACCCAUUCCAACAUCUCCUCUUUUUCAUUUCCUGUCCUUUUCUAUUACCAGAAAAUAACUCCUUCCUGCUAGAGAACAAACCCAUUCCAACAUCUCAUCUUCUUCCUUUCCUGUCCUUUUCUACUACCAGAGAAUAAAUCCCUCCUGUUAAGGAACAAAUCCAUUCCAACAUCUCAUUUUCUUCCUUUCCUGCUCUUUUCUACUACCAGAGAAUAAAUCCUGGUAGAGAACAAACCCCUUCCGACAUCUCUUCUUCUUCUUUUCCUGCUCUUUUCUACUACCUGAGAAUAAAUCCCUCCUGUUAAAGAACAAACCCAUUCCAACAUCUUAUCUCCUACUUUGCUGCUCUUUUCUACUACCAGAGAAUAAAUCCCUUCUGCUAGAGAACAAAUUAAUUCCAACAUAUUAUCUCCUUCAUUUCAUGCUCUUUUCUACUACCAGAGAAUAAAUCCUACAGUUCUAUUUUACUUCAAUAGAAUUUACUCUCUCCAUUCCAACCUACCAUCUUCUGUUUUUAACAACCAGAAUAUAGAGUCCUACUCCCUGCAGAGCAAAUAUUCUUCUUUAUGUUUCUACCUAGAGCUUUUAUUAUACUCUACUUCUAGAGAAUAAAUCGAAUCGCCUUG